GACACGCGACAAAUUAAAAUUUGUCUUUGAAGCACACUUUUAAAUUUCGAAGUAUUCGUUUCACUACGUCAACGAAUUUUCGUUACAUUCGUGUUCAAACCAAUAACUACAUCGGUUGAAUUCUGUCAGAAUUCAUACUAGAAAACUCGAUUGAUUCCAACUGGGCCAAGUUCAAUACCGUUAUUUGAUUUGACACGGCACCCUUUCUACCAAGCAGUGACUUUUAUCUAUUUGAGCCUUGGCUCAGGAAAAAAGUUUAAUUUUUUCCAACAAAAAUCGCCAAUCUAUCAGUUCAUCUAAGCGUUGAAGCAGAGCAGCUGGCACACAAUAUGGUUCUCAAAAACACGCCUCCACCAGCGCUUCCCAGGCUACCAACACCGCCCGGUCACGAGCGUUUCAGGGAGAGCGCGCCGCUUGAUCUGCGGUCAGCGCGCUACGCCAAGCUUCCAAGCAACAGCUCCAGCCACGGCCUGCAGUACCUUGACGAUGAUGACGACGAGCCUCACCCGCUGCCGUGCUACUCGGCCGACGAGGAGACCCUGGCGCCCGUCACGGAGAUGCCCUGGGUCACGGAGAAGAAGAGGAGAAUACAGCAGAGAAAUGAAGAAUGGGAUCAGAAUCCCAGACACUCGGAUGCCGUGACAGAAGAGUUGCUGCGCGAGGCCGUGGACCAGCAACUCGCGGCGAUCGCCAAGCGAGCGAUGCGCGACGAGCAGCGCGAGGCUGAAGCUGAUCGUGAGCUUGGAGGGAUUGCAGAAGAUGAGUUUUUGAAGCCCGUUGUUAGCAACGAGAUCAAUAUGCUGGUGUGGACGGUUCUUUAUGACAUGGCUAGGGAAAUUUCCCCUCAAGGCCUCGAAGAAAUGAAGAAAACCUACGGCAAAUUAGAUAUGGACGCGAACAGCCUCAACGCUCUAGCCAACCACAUAUUGGAGGGUCAAGAUUGGUUCAAUGAUAUGAAAGACGAGAAGGUUCUGUCGUCUACGCCAUGGCAUCUUCUGGUGUACAACUACAGUAAGAAGCUGCAGAGCGACUCUCUGACGUGCAAUUUGGCUCUGAACAUGUUGCAGGAGAACGUGGCCACCGGAGCAGCGUUGGCUGAGCUAAUGUCGGUCGGGCUACAGACCGCCGCCGAGGACGAUCUUGAGGAGCUAGACGAACUCGAACGCCUCGUCAACCCACCCAGGAGAGGUUGAAGGGCUCGAACGCCUCGUCAACCUAUCCAGGAGAGGUUGAAGGGUUCCAACGCCUCGUCAACCUAUCCAGGAGAGGUUGAAGGGACUCGAACGCCUCGUCUGCCUAUCCAGGAGAGGUUGAAGGACUCGAACGCCUCGUCUGCCUAUCCAGGAGAGGUUGAAGGACUCUAACAACUCGUCAGCCUAUCCAGGAGAGAUUGAAGGACUCUAACAACUCAUCAGCCUAUCCAGGAGAGAUUGAAGGACGCAAACGCCUCGUCAGCCUAUCCAGGAGAGGUUGAAGGGCUCGAAUGCCUCGUCAACCUACCCAGGAGAGGUUGAAGGGCUCGAACGCUUCGUCUGCCUAUCCAGGAGCGGUUGAAGGACUCGAACGCCUCGUCAACCCGUCCUGAGUGGUUGACGUACUAUAUUGGAAGUAAAGAUGUACCACCUGGGAGAGGUUGGAGGGCUCGAACUUCCUCAAACCGUCCAAUAGUGUUUUACGAAAUCGAACGCCGUGUCAAACAAGCCAAGAGGGGUUAAGAGGCUCGAACUCCUCACCAGACCAAUAGUGGUUGACGAAUUUGGGUGCUUUUUAACUUCAUUUAUGAGAGGUCAACUGAGUCAAGCGGUCAACUAAGUCAACCUGACCAGGAGUGGAUGGUGAGCUUCAUGCGUGUCGUUCAGAGAUGUUGAUAAGCCAAUCUGACUUGUUAUCCGGCAUAUACGAUGGGAGUAAAGAUGAAUGCUUUACGAGAGACUGUGGGUGACGCGUUCGUUUAAUUCGCCCUUGUAAAGAUGAAAUUCUUGAUUAAUCCAAAUAAGAUUGAUUUGAUCGAUCAAUUCGUCCGAUUAGGAAUGAAAAGCUUGAUCAAAUCGCCCAGGUGGAGUCGAUUCUCUUAAUCAAGUCGUGCAGUUACAUAUGACGUGUUCGAUCAAUUUGGCUAAUGAGGUUGAUUCUUUCAAUCAACUCGAUUAGAUGAGUUUGAUGAUCUCGCGUUAUUGAUGUUGGCGAUUUUCGUAAAAUAUGCAAUAUGGCAUUGGCGUGCGUAAUUAAGGUAAACGUUCAUUGAAAUCUUUUGCAAUGUUAAUGAUGCACGGCUACUAAAGAAUUCCUACUCGUGAGAUAAUUUAAGAUAUUUUAAUUUAAAUGCUUAGUCGUAA